UGUGAGCUGGGGGGGUCUGCAGCUGGGACCCCCCCCUCAGGCUGGACCCACCUGGAGCUCACCUGGCAGGAAGCACACCUGAGACCUGCAGCAGACCAAGAAGCUGAUUGGUCCACAGAGACUCAGAGUUCAGUUCAGGAGUAUCUGGACCACUGCUUCCCUGGACCUGGACUAGAACCUGGACCUGGACCUGGACUAGAACCUGGACCUGGUCUAGAACCUGGACCUGGACUAGAAUCUGGACCAGGACCUGGACCUGGACCUGGACUAGAACCUGGACCAGGACCAGAACCAGGACCUGGACCACAACCUGGACUAGAACCUGGACCAGGACCAGAACCAGGACCUGGACCACAACCUGGACUAGAACCUGGACCAGGACCAGAACCAGGACCUGGACCACAACCUGGACUAGAACCUGGACCUGGACUAGAACCUGGACCAGGACCAGAACCAGGACCUGGACCUCAUGCUGAGCACCUGGUCCAGAACCUGUCGGUCCAGACUCACUUCCUGUCCACGUGGACUUUGAGCCAGGCCCUGGUCCUGAGAGGAAGCCCUGCCCCCCCCCAGCUGCCCGGCCCCCUCGUGAGGGUGCAAGAAAGUGGCGUCGUCAUGGAGACCACCACAGAGGGGGUGCUGUGCUCCCAGGAGGACGACCCCCCCCCAAAAUCACCUGACCUUAAAAAGGCUCGACUCUCUGAAGACCCCCCCACAAGGCCCAUAGCCCCCCCCACCAGGCACCUAGACCCCCCCACCAGGCACCUAGACCCCCCUACCAGGCCCCUAGCCCCCCCCACCAGACACCUAGCCCCCCCUACCAGGCCUCUAGACCCCCCCACCAGGCCCCUAGACCACCCCACCAGGCCCCUAGCCCCCCCCACCAGGCCCCGGGGUGCCCUCCCCACCCUUCUGGCCCACUGUGAGGGUGGGGGGCGGUACUCUGUCCUGGUUGCCGUGGUUCAUCCCUGCUACCUGAAGGAAGUCCAGGUGAAGGCGGGGCCCUUGGUGCCUCUGGCUUCCAUCGUUGUGACCGACCAAUCAGCUGCUGACAGGAAGCUGCUGCUGUGGAGACGGGCGGCGUUCUGGGUGCUGACGGUCAGCCCGGGAGACAUCCUGCUGAUCACAGAGCUGCAGGUGAGGGAGGACAGGUGGAGAGCAGAAACUGUCCUUCAGUCGACGUUCAGAAGCAAACUGCUCAACCUGGGACCGAUCGCUGGCUCCGCCCCCCCACACACUGGCCCCGCCUCCCUGCCAGCUGGCUCCGCCCCCCCUCCAGCUGCUCAGCAGGUGGACCCCCGUGCUCUCAGCUCUCUGUGUGGUUUUCUUCGGGAGCAGCGCCCCCUGCUGGUGUCCCUCCCCCGCCGCCCCCCCCAGGACCUGAACCGCCUCCCUUACGCCACCCUGAGGUCACUACAGGUCAACACGCUGGUUCACGCCCUGCUGCGUGUCACACACACACAAACAGUAUGGAGGGGGGGGGCAGAGUCAGGCCUCCAGCAUCAGACUGUUGUGACUGUGGAGCAGCCGGGCGGACAGCAGGGGGCGCUGCUGCUGUGGGGGGGGGCCGUGGACUGGCUGCCAAAGUUCAACAGAGACAGAGCUGUUGUCUGGGACGUCCGCUUCCUGUUGGUGAGGGAGGGUUUGACCUCUGACCUCCCAGAGCUGCACUCGACCCCCUGGAGCUCCGUCAGGUCUCUGGACCCGGCAGACCCCCGGGCCCAGGACUGGACCAGGACCAGCCAGACCAGGACCAGGACCAGCCAGACCAGGACCAGCCAGACCAGGACCAGCAGCAGUCUGGAGCUGGACCUCCACACCCUGCUGUCCCAGAGAUACUCUGGUGAGGUGGAUCUCAGAGUCCAGGUCGUCUCCUUCCAGUUCCAGGACUCCUCUCCUUCCCAGAAUGCACCACGGCAGGUCCUGGACGGCUGCACGCCAUUGGCCGGCAUCGUGGCGGCGCUGACUGAUGACAUCACGUAUACGGGCUGCGGGCGCUGCGGUGGCGAGCUGGACACGGACGCUAACGGCAUCUACUGCCCCUGUUACCCCUGCCUGCCCCACACCGCCGUACGCCGCUACUACAGGCCGGCGGUGCUGACAGUGAGGGGGGGGGGCAGCAGCCAGGUGCUCGUUCAGGUUCCUCCGGUUCCUCUGCAGAACAUCCUCAACGUUCCACCUGAUCAGCUCCACCGCAGCUCAGCUCCAGGCUCUCAGGUGAAGCUCCUCCAGGUGGCAGCAGAGCGGAUCCAGAUCCUCUUCCUGUCCACAGAAUCCUUCGUCAUCACGGUUCGGAGUCACUUCCUGUCCGAUGAGAACAGCGUCCCCAUCACCCAGGACCUGGUCCUGCUGGACCUGCAGCCCCCCCCGGACCCCCCAUCACCCAGGACCUGAUCCUGCUGGACCUGCAGCC